AUGGCCUUGAAAUUCCCCAUCUACACGCCGUCGCGCUAUGCGGGCCGGACUGAACCUGUCAAACGCCCAAAGGAAUUCGCCUGCUUCUCAUACGACAAAGACCGCAACUUCCACCUCGGUGACUCGUCCCUCAAAUGGUACUACACGCCCCAGCUCGACACACACCUGUCAAAUGGCUUCGACAAGUUCGUGAAGCACGACGACAGUAUAGACGAACACCUGGACGGCCUCCUCAAAACCAUCGCGAACCAUGAACAACAGACGGGCAAGCCGAUCGAUGCCCACGUCGUCACCUGGAGAGGCAUGAUGACCAAGGUAUGUUUCAUGAACUAUCUUCUUGAACUUUCUGCCGGAAACAGAGGGUACAAGUUUGAGACUCUGAGCACAAUCCCCCGCCCCUGGGGAGAGGUGUCAAGAGAGGACAUUGAGAACCGAGAUCAGGAGAUCGUCAACAACAAAGAGCAGUACUGUUCGGUGGUGAGGACAGGCUUUGGCAACACCAUCGUCUGCCUCGGGGGCGAGGUUGACGCGAUCUGGGAUUCCAAGCCCGAGACGCCUGGAGCCCCCAUCAACUGGGUAGAGCUCAAGACGAGCACCGAAAUUCGCACUCAUAACGACCAACUUAUGUUUGACCGAAAGCUCAUGAAGUACUGGAUUCAGUCGUUCCUCCUCGGCGUGCCCAGGAUCAUUGUCGGCUUCAGAACGAGAGACGGCAUACUCACGAGGCUUGAGGAGUACGAGACCAUGGCCAUACCUUACGAGGUGCAAUGCCGAGGAUUGGCUAAAUGGGACGGCAACGUCUGCAUCAAGUUCACCCAGCUGUUCCUAGACUGGCUUCGGGUAAACAUCAACGACGACGGCGUCUGGAGGAUACGGCGGCAACGCGGCGCCAGCCACAUUGAGCUCUUCCGGGUCGAGGAAGCCGGCCACGGCAGCAUCAUCACGGACGAGUUCAUGAACUGGCGGAUAAAGCUCGAGCUCAGCAAGGCGAAGCCGCCAGAUCUGCCGCCGGAGUCCGCGCACGAGCCGACGCCGGAGCCGGAGCCGGAGCCAGCUGCGGCGGCAUCCAGUGGGUGAGAUACCGAGCAGUAAGAAAGGAAGAGAUGUAACAUUAUUUGUAUGUAUGAUACAAACCAGGCGCAGCGGCGAGGGGAGUGGGAUAAACUGUUCAGAUAUACCACGGCGCGGGGCGGAAAUCACAUGUAUGGAUAGACGGGCAGCACUGGGGGCUCCGGUCCGGAAUAUGGGUUUGCGGGCGGCGAGCAAGAGACUUGUCUUCACAACAUGAUAGGCAGCACUUCCUGGGUGCAAUUAAGUACGGGCCAUUCUGACU